AUGUCCUACCGUUCACCGCACCACGGUAAAGUGACUCCAGGUCAGGUCGCAAUCAUCACCGGCGCCUCGUCCGGAAUAGGGCUCGCUGCGGCAGAAGCGGCCCUAGAUGCUGGGGCCAGUGUUUUCGCCGUCGAUAUAUCGCCCUUCCCUAAGGUCUUGAGCACCAGUGACAAGUGUAAGACGUUGCAAUGCGAUAUCACAAGCCCUGACGGGCCAAAGAGGAUUGUUGAGGCUUGCUCCUCAGCUUUCAAUGGCCGUAUUGACAUUCUAAUGAAUAUUGCGGGUGUCAUCGAUCAUAAUGCCAGCGUGGACGCUGUCACGGACGCUGACUGGGAUCGGUGUAUGGCUGUCAACCUUACGGCGCCCGUCAAGCUGAUGAGAGAGGUGAUCGGAACCAUGAGAAGCCAGAAGUCGGGGGUAAUCAUUAAUAUGGCAAGCCGAGCUGGAAUGAGUGGUGCCGCGGCAGGUAUAGCCUAUACAGCGAGCAAGCAUGGUCUCAUUGGCGCGACGAAGAACGUGGCUUGGAGAUUCAAAGGGGAGAAUAUCCGGUGCAAUGUGUUGUGUCCAGGGGGCGUUGCGACUGGCAUCUUGAAUAGCGUCGAUCCAGCUCGCUUUGACCAGGAUGCAACAUCAAUGCUCCAGCCUAUCUUUUCCGCCGUAUACGCGAACCGGACAGAUGGGUAUGGGAUCAUGAAGCCAAGCGAAGUAGCGGCUACGGUUGUAUUUUUGUGCUCAGAUCAGGCUUCUCGAAUUAAUGGAGCUGUCUUGCCCAUUGACGAUGGCUGGUCUACUGUAUAACA